GGCCGCGGUAGCGGCGGCGGCGGGAGGGCGCAGCUGGGGCCGCCGCGGCCGCAGCAUCGCGGCGCGGUGGCGGGGAUGGAGCCCUGGAAGCAGUGCGGGCAGUGGCUGAUCAGCUGCAAGGUGCUGCCGCCCAACCACCGGGUGACCUGGGACACGGCCCAGGUCUUCGACCUGGCGCAGACGCUGCGCGACGGCGUCCUUCUCUGCCAGCUGCUCAACAACCUCCGCAGCCACUCCAUCAACCUCAAGGAGAUCAACCUGCGCCCUCAGAUGUCCCAGUUUCUCUGCUUGAAGAACAUAAGGACUUUUCUUUCAGCAUGUUGUGAAAUAUUUGGAAUGAAGAAAAGUGAACUUUUCGAAGCAUUUGAUUUGUUUGACGUGAGAGAUUUUGGAAAGGUGAUAGAAACACUUUCGAAGCUUUCCCGCACUCCCAUUGCACUAGGCACAGGCAUUAGGCCCUUUCCUACAGAAGAAAGCAUUGAUGAUGAAGAUAUCUACAAAGGUCUUCCUGAUUUAAUAGAUGAAACUGGUGUUGAGGAAGAUGAGGAGUUGUAUGAUUGUGUCUAUGGAGAAGAUGAAGGUGGGGAAGUUUAUGAAGACCUAAUGAAAGAUGAAGCAGCACAGCAACCUAAAUGUCCUGAAAAUGACAUAAGAAGCUGUUGUCUUGCUGAAAUAAAGCAAACUGAAGAGAAGUACACUGAAACCCUGGAAUCGAUUGAGAAAUUUUUCAUGGUGCCAUUGAAAAGGUUUCUGUCAGCAUCAGAGUUUGAUACUGUUUUCAUCAACAUUCCUGAUUUGGUGAGAAUUCACAGGAAUCUUACACAGGACAUCAACGAUUCCAUUGUUAACAAAAAUGAUCAGAACCUAUAUCAAAUUUUUAUUAACUACAAGGAAAGGUUGGUUAUUUAUGGACAGUACUGCAGUCAAGUGGAGAUAGCAAUAUCGUGCUUAGACAAUAUCUCUAAGACAAAAGAAGAUGUUAAAUUGAAGUUAGAGGAAUGUUCUAAGAGGGCCAAUAAUGGGAAAUUUACAUUGCGGGAUCUCUUAGUGGUUCCAAUGCAAAGAGUGCUCAAAUAUCACCUACUGCUCCAGGAGCUGGUAAAGCACACUCCUGAUGCCAUGGAGAAGGCAAAUCUAAAACUGGCACUUGAUGCAAUGAAGGACUUGGCUCAAUAUGUAAAUGAAGUAAAGAGAGAUAACGAAACACUUCGGGAAAUUAGACAAUUUCAACUAUCAAUAGAGAAUUUGAACCAUUCCCUCUUACAGUAUGGCAGACCUCAAGGUGAUGGGGAAAUACGGAUAACAACGUUAGACAAACGUGCAAGGCAAGACAGGCAUAUCUUCUUGUUUGAUCUAGCUGUCAUUGUUUGCAAACGGAGAGGGGAUAAUUAUGAAAUGAAGGAAAUAAUAGAUCUUCAGAAAUACAAAAUUACAAAUAACCCUACUACUGAUAAAGAAAAUAAGAAGUGGUCUUACGGCUUCUACCUCAUUCAUAUCCAAGGUGAAAAUGGUUUAGAAGUUUAUUGCAAAACUAAAGACUUAAAGAAAAAAUGGCUUGAACAAUUUCAGAUGGCUCUGUCAAACAUCCGGCCAGACUAUGCAGAUACGAGCUUUCAUGAGUUCAAAAUGCACACCUUCAGCCGGGUGACAUCUUGCAAAGUCUGUCAGAUGCUUCUGAGGGGGACAUUUUAUCAAGGCUAUUUAUGUUCUAAGUGCGGAGCUGGAGCACACAAAGAAUGUUUAGGAAGACUAGACAAUUGUGGCAGGGCUAAUUUAGGUGAACACGGAAACGUGAAACAUGAGAAACGAACAAAUGGAAUUAGAAGAAGCUCUAGACAUGUGGACCCAGGUUUACCAAAAAUGCAAGUAAUUCGGAACUACAAUGGAAUCCCCCAGCCAGCAGCACAAGAUGGGCCACCAUUGCACAUCCAGAUUGGGGACACUAUUGAACUCAUUAGAGGAGAUGCACACAGCUUAUUUUGGCAGGGAAGAAAUCUAACAACAGGAGAGCUUGGAUUCUUCCCAAGUGAUGCAGUAAAACCUAGCCCAUGUGUUCCAAAGCCGGUAGACUACUCUUCACAGCUGUGGUUUGCAGGAGCAAUGGAACGAUUGCAGGCAGAAAGUGAACUAAUUAACAGAGUAAACAGCACUUACCUGGUGCGGCACAGGACCAAAGAAUCAGGAGAAUAUGCAAUUAGCAUUAAGUACAAUAACGAAGUGAAACACAUCAAGAUUUUAACAAGAGAUGGCUUUUUCCACAUUGCAGAAAAUAGAAAAUUUAAAAAUUUAAUGGAACUUGUAGAAUACUACAAGCACCACUCUCUCAAAGAAGGUUUUCGAAGUUUGGAUACUACUCUUCAAUUUCCAUACAAAGAAUCUGAAAAUUCAGUGGGACAGAGGAGUAACAGAACAGGUGGCCAUGUGCUGAGCCCGAAGGUGAUCGGCAUUGCCAUAGCCAGGUACGACUUCUGUGCGCGAGACAUGCGAGAGCUGUCCCUGCUGAAAGGGGACGUGGUCAAAAUUUACACCAAGAUGAGUGCCAAUGGCUGGUGGAGAGGCGAAGUAAAUGGAAGGGUGGGCUGGUUUCCAUCAACUUAUGUUGAAGAGGACGAAUGAAUUAAAAAAUAUCCUCUGCUGACCAGCAGUUUCAGGGAUUGUAAAAAUUCAUAUCUUGAAUGUGGUAUUGGUCUUGUUAAGUAUUUAAACAGCAACAUUUUUGCCUGUCUCAACCUUCCAGUCUUAAUGUUGGGAUUUAUACAGAAGUUUGGGCUGACAGAUUAUGACCUUCCCCAGAGCUGUGCAAGAAACAAGCUGCCAGUUUGCCAUCACUGGGGAUCAGUACAAAGUCCAACCCUCACCUUCCCAGAAGAUCUCUGGAAAACAAAAUUCUUUGUUCCUUUUCAUUUCACCCUGUGCUACACCAUGAGUACUAGGAAUGGCUGAAUGUUUAAUGUUUCUCUUCCAGCUAACAUCUGUGAUGGUACAAGGAGAUGAAGGCUUAUUAUUUCUUAUCACUGCAUGCAGAAAACAGAUUUCAAUCAUUCCAGUGGGCAUAAAGUAUAGUCAGUAGAUUUGUCUAGAGACAUCAAACUACUUUACUUAUCAGCUUACAAGCCAUUUUACUCUCACAAAAGCAUUCUGAAGGAAAUGUGUAGUAAACACGAGUAGCAUUCAUGCAUAUGUAAUUACUUAACUGGCUACUUUGAGGUCCUGCCUGGAUCUUCUAAACAAUCUGUUUAAAGACAUUCUAAAAAGGUGUAGUGAUGUGGUAUUGCUUUAGAAAACAUUCACAAAGUGGAAUUGUGUAAUCCUUUUAUUGUCAUCUCAAGCCUUUUUCUGUGAGGUUUUUCCAUUUAAGCAGCUGACAGUAAAAGUGCAACUGGGGGAUAGUCAUGACAAGAUGAGUUGAAAGUUUUCAGCAAUAACAUUAAAUAAAUAUUUCAGACUUAUUCUGAAGGAGAAAAUAGCAAUGCAAGAUGAUGUCAUUUCUCAAGAACAAAAGUGUUUAUCUUAACCUCUUGAUUGACUUGGAUGAGCUUUGAUGCUUUCAGCUCAGUACUGUCUUUUCCUAGUUAUACAGGAGUUUCUAACACCUUUUGUGAAUGCAAAUGGAACUUGCAAACUUCUUUCUGCCCUUUCCUUUCUUGUUGCCUGGGAUGUUAAUGGCAGUCCAGUAAGGGAGUUGUCUUGUUGCAGUGUUCUCAACCUCCCCAAAUGUGUCUAGGUUAGCCAGCAUCAAAGAUCAGGCCUUGUAAAGUGUUGUCCACUGCUUGGUCUUUUCAAGUCUUACUCACCUUACCCACAUCUGGCAGGCAGUGCUGUGUGACCAGGGGAAAGAGAGGAGCUUCUCCUUAGAAACUUGAGAGAUUCAGCCUUGCAGAGGAAAUUCUGCCAAUGCUCUAACUUUCCAAGGAUUUACCUCAAAAUUAUGUAAACUGUGAUUGUGUUGAAUACAUUACUUGAUGGAGUAAUUGAGAGCAUUUGUAAAUAUGUAGAUGAUGCAUUAAAAUUUUGUAAAUGAUGUGUACAGCAGUGUAGGCUAGAGUAUGCUAUCUUUGAUCAUGUUUUGCCAUGCAUUUGAUUGUCUGUUGUGAGCCUAAUCCUGUAUUCCAUAAGGAGACAAAGAUGAUUCUUUCCCAGUUUUGCCUGCUUAAGGGGUAGAGGAACAGGCUCUAGGUCUGUCAAGUGUUUAGUGCUUUACUGUCAUACAAUUCUGAGAAGAGGCAAAUUCAGUAUGAGUUGAAAAAUAUAGCAUUCAUUUUCAACAGCUUGGCUUUAGAAUAAUUCUGAAUAUUCUCUCCAUCCUAAAAAACUUGUAAAGCUUUAAAGCAAUUCCUGAGUCCAGUAGUCAUCCUUUGAGAAGAAUGAAAGCCAUAGGUAAACUUUACUUUUGUGGCGUAAAUCUGCAUAUCAUUGUCUGUGUUUAAUGCCCUGUAUUGAUUGAGUUAAUGCUGCAUCUUAAACUAUAUUUUGAGUACCAAAGACUUCCUAAAUAUUCUGGAGCAUCUCUUUCAUGUGCUGCUUUUGCCUGUAUGGAGUUGUUUUAUGUCAUGCAAUAAUGGAGUUACAGUACUUUAAUUUGUACUAUUUUGUAAAUAUGUUAAAUAUAAUAAACUGGUUAAUUUUU